AUGACAUCUAAAAAUUCCUCCAGACCGUCGCUGCUGAAUCGUCUUCGGUCAAAGACUUCAACACUGUCGCUGCCUGGACUAAGACCGCCGCGCCGUACAUUGGGCGAUUUUCACAUCCGACUAAAUGACCCCCAUCGUGUAUACUCACCAACAGAUACUGUCAAGGGAUCGGUGUGUCUUACGGUCGAAAAAGCACUAAACUUCACUCACCUCGUCGUAAACCUGGUUGGCCGUGUGGACUUGAACUUGCCGUCGACAAAGGAUUCGGGAAAGAAACGAAAGGAGUGGGAUGCGGAAUACGACGAUGGAUCAGGUGGCGGAAUUGUGCUGUGUAGGGACGAGAGUGUAUUGUGUGGUGAGGGAAGACUAGAGCCGGGAAAGUAUGAAUUCAAGUUCGAGUUGUUCUUCGUCCUGGUUGGGAAGAUGGUUGGAGGUCUGCCGAGCUCUUUGGAUUUUGAGAAGGGUUCAAUAUCGUACACAAUAUCAUCGACCCUGACGCGGCCUACAACGUUGUCGGCGACUACAACAUGUACAACAAAGAUCAAUCUUCUAGAGACUAUUGAUAUCGGCCAUCUACCAAAACCAAAGCCACACAUUAUCCAACUGGAGCCUAUUGUAUCUCGGCGGUCACGGAAACGACCUUCAUCACCGGCAACUACACCGUCGGUCGCAUCAUCACCAAACAGUUCUCAUGGAAAUUUACCACCUUCCUCGGACCCUGGCUAUCUAUCACCAACAUCUACUCCGGCAUAUAUAAAAUCAAAAACUAUAACUGCAUCUAUCGAGAUGGCGAAGGGCGGCGCUCUUCGUGGCGACAAUAUUCCUAUAAAGAUAUCCGUCCACCACACAAAGGCAGUCAAAUCCUUGAAUGGUAUAAUAUUAACUCUUUACCGGCAGACUCGUUUUGACCCAGCACACCGCCCACAACCACUGAAAAAGGCGCUUUCUACGACAGCUGUAGGCAGUGGUACAUUCCGGAAGGACCUGUCACAGACUGUCAUGCCGCUAAUAAUCGACCCUAAAACCCUCACUGCCGUCGUGAGGGCUAAUCUGAGAGUCCCCGAAGAUGUAUUCCCUACAAUCAAUUCGGUUCCCGGAGGAGAGGUAUCAUUUAGAUACUGGGUUGAGGUUGUAGUAGAUCUCGGUGGGAAACUAACUGGAAGGGAUGAUAUAUUCAUUGGCGGCGGAACAACAAUACCUGGACUGUCUAGGCCAAAGAGUGCGGAGGAAGGGGGCGUGCGGAUAGCAAGCGAGGGAGGGGUUAUGAUUGAAACGGAACGGAUAAGAAAACGGGAAAAAAGCAUUAUAUUUUGCAAGGUUCCGGUUGUGAUUGGCAGUGUGGACUCAGUGACCGGAAGGGGAAGAAGAGCUGGAGCUCGGCAGAUCUCAAUACCGCAGAUACAGGUAGAAGAGCAGAUGAAUAACGUGGUGGAGGUAGAAUUGGUACCAAUGCCAGCGUCUCCAACAAUACAAUUUCACCAGGAGGAGACAGAGGUGCACGGCGAACGCCAGGAGGGCUGGAGCGAGCAAGCACCGGACUACACACGGCACCCAGAAGCAUCACAUUAUCAAGAGAUGUCACUACUACCGCACGAACCUGAACGAGAAAACGCGGAACAGCCACACGAAGAAAUGGACGAGAAAACACGAAUACGCUUUGCCGAACAGUCGCUCCUGCCUAGUGCACCACCCGGGCUGGAAGCAGGUGAGAGCAGCGCUAGUGCUCCGCCACUUACACCCGCGGGGAUGCCCGACUAUAUGUACUAUCCAUCGGCACCCCCGAUGGAGCCUUCAGAUCAGCAUCAUCAAGAUGUACAGGAAGGUGUGGACGAUAAACAGGAGGCCGAAAGGCUGCGAUUGCUGGCAUCAGCGGGCAGCCCUGACGAUAAUGCAGGAGAGGGUAGCAGCAAUGCGCCAAGUGCUCCUGUAUUAGAUGAACAUGAUCUUGAGGGCGGACUGCCAAGAUAUCAACGAUAA